UAAAUAUGCCAGCCUCACAGAAUCCUGCUGGGUGGGAAGGAAAGAUCUGCACAUACAGACCAGCAAAGAGUAGCUCAUCCUGUGGAAGGAAACCCAGAGGAGAGACUCUCAGUAGGACAGCGGCCAUGGACCUGAUCCCAAGCUUUUCCACAGAAACCUGGGUCCUCCUGGCUACCAGCCUGGUGCUCUUCUACCUAUAUGGGACCUACUCGCAUGGACUUUUUAAGAAGCUGGGAAUUCCUGGGCCGACACCUCUGCCUCUUUUUGGAACUGUCCUGUCUUACCGCAAAGGCUUUUGGGAUUUUGACAACAAAUGUUUUAAAACCUAUGGAAAGAUGUGGGGGUUUUAUGAUGGUCGACAGCCUGUGUUGGCUAUCACGGAUCCAGACAUGAUCAAAGCCAUACUAGUGAAGGAAUGUUAUUCUGUCUUUACAAACCGGCGGAAACUUGCUCCAGUGGGAUUUAUGAAAACUGCAGUCUCCAUGUCUGAGGAUGAAGAAUGGAAGAGAAUACGAGCAUUGCUGUCCCCAACUUUCACCAGUGGAAAACUCAAGGAUAUGUUCCCCAUCAUUGGCCAGUAUGGAGAUGUGCUGGUGAGGAACCUGAGGAGGGAGGCAGAGACGAGCAAGCCCAUCACCAUGAAAGACAUCUUUGGGGCCUACAGCAUGGAUGUGAUUACUAGCACAUCAUUUGGAGUGAACAUUGAUUCCCUUAACAACCCACAAGAUCCCUUUGUGGAAAAUGCCAAGAAGCUCUUGAGAUUUAAUUUCCUCGAUCCACUCUUUCUCAGCAUAAUUCUAUUUCCAUUCCUUAUCCCUAUAUUUGAAGUAAUCGGUAUCAGUCUGUUUCCAAAAAAUAUUACUGAUUUUUUCACAAAAUCUGUAAAAAGGAUUAAAGAAAGUCGCCUCAAAGAUACACAAAAGAACCAAGUGGAUCUUCUUCAACUGAUGAUUAACUCCCAGAAUUCCAAAGAAAUGGACGGCCAUAAAGCUCUGUCUGAUAUGGAGCUUGUGGCCCAAUCUAUUAUCUUUAUUUUUGCUGGCUAUGAGACCACUAGCAGUGCUCUUUCCUUCCUUAUGUAUUUAUUGGCCACUCACCCUGAUGUCCAGCAGAAACUGCAGGAAGAGAUUGAUGCAACUUUCCCAAAUAAGAUGCUCCCUACAUAUGAUGCCCUGGUGCAGAUGGAGUACCUUGACAUGGUGGUGAAUGAAUCUCUCAGAUUAUUCCCAGUUGCUGGUAGACUUGAGCGACUCUGUAAGAAAGAUGUGGAGAUCAAAGGGGUGCUCAUUCCCAAGGGGACAGUGGUGAUGGUGCCCAUCUUUGUUCUUCAUCAAGACCCACAGCUCUGGCCAGAACCUGAGGAGUUCCGCCCUGAAAGGUUCAGUAAGAAGAACAAGGACAGCAUAAAUCCGUACACAUAUCUGCCUUUUGGAACUGGACCCCGAAACUGCAUCGGCAUGAGGUUCGCUCUCCUGAACAUGAAAGUGGCUAUCGUCAGAGUCCUGCAGAACUUCUCCUUCAAACCUUGUAAAGAAACACAGAUCCCCUUGAAAUUAAGCAAUCAAGGAAUUAUUCAACCGGAAAAACCCAUUGUUCUAAAGAUUGAGUUGAGAGAUGGAACCUUGAAUGGCGUCUGACUUUUCCUAAAGAUUCCGCUUUGUUCUUCGGGGAAGCUGGAUCCCACACCACCAGACCUCAGCUGACUCUGUGAAUAAAACCCGGGAUGAAGAGGCUGUUAAUGUAGUGCACGUGAUGAAUAGGCCUUCCAAAUGCUCAUUUCACUUUCUGGUGUCCCAGUGGAGGAUUAUAUAUCCUGGUAACAUGCAGGAGGACACUAAUGGGCGCCAGCUUACCUGGUUCUCUGGACUCUCUCUGUCCACCCCGAGUGAGCACCUUCUGCUCCUCCUGAGCUUUGAUCAAGAAUGAAAUUUCUCAAUGAUUUCAUCAACCAUCUCCAAUGAAAACAAGAAUGAUUACACUAAUAGUUAAAGCACCUGUGUUAUUUCGAAUUUCUAUAUUAGGUAUUACACUGAUCAAGUCAAUAAACAUCUCUUUACAAAGUG